AUGUUUCAGCAACCUGGGGCCAAAGCUGGCAGAGCGGAGCUAGAUGUGGGACUCCAGGUCUUUGCCUUCUAUCAUGCCAACCUGCACCCUCGGGGAAGUCGCUUCGUGCAUGUCUGCACGCGCAACCGCGAGUCUCCGUUGCUAGGCCUUUCCUCGGGCUGGCUGCGAGGACAGACACUGCAGAAAGCCGAUAGCUCCGGCCGGAUCUUGGUUCGCUUCGCUGGCCCCUUUCAAGACCCAGUGCGCGGCACGGCAGAGUCCCUGGACAUUUCGGUGCCUUGUGCUUUGGUGAGGACAGCCGAUUCUGUCGGAUGUCCUGGUGCAAGCAGCAGUGCAAGAGCAGCGACUUCGGUGAACAGCUCCUUGCUGCCCCAACAGCGUCCAUUGUUGUCCAUACUGUUGAUUCGUUGCUGGGACUAUCUUGCCCUGUCCACCUGGUCAGACUUUGCUGUUGCAAGCGACGGAAUGCUCCGAGAUCUGCUAGACGGGGAAUGUGGGAUUUUUCCUUCUCUAGCGGGGGAGUUUGAGCUUUACACUGCCUUUGUGCGAUCAUCGGCGGACCUGAAGAUCCUGUCCGAGCACUGGGCCCAAGCAGUCCUGGCAGGGCAGAACCAAGUCGUGUGGUACUUUCUUUGGCCCUGUCAGAGUGCAGAUGCCAAUAUUUCUUCAGGAUGUGUCAGGGAGCGGGAUUUCUUCGAUCUGCAGCAGCGUAUGGAGAGGGUCGGCCUCCGCAGCGGCUGGCCGCACCCUCAGAUGUUAUACGCGCAGCUCGCUGGAAAGCUGUGGGUUCCGCAGAUGAGCUUGAACAGGGACUAUAGGAUCCCUCCAACCGUUCGGGUUCAUCACGCUGAUGUCCGCCGGAAUUCGCACUCUGUGGCGGCUCAAGCAAUUGAUGACUUGGUUCGGCUUCGAGAUCAUGUCUGGGGUAGCGGCUCCACAAGCGAUGUGUCGAGCUUUCGUGGGGUUGCGAAGCUGGGCUUCAGCUGGCAGGGUGAUGACGUGGUCCCGUUUGUGGGAGCGAAGAAUUUGGCAGAUGUCCUCCGCAGAUUGCUGGAAGGACGAGGCAAUGAGCAAUUGAGCUGCAUUGUCCAGGUGCUUGUUCCUGAUGCAGUCUGCGAGCAUCGAGUUCUGUGUUUCCAUGAUGCUGCAGCGGGCAAUUGGGCUUUUUGCCGGGAGCGGCUGUGGAUGACCAUGAAGUCUCCGGGUUCCCACCACAAGCAUCAGGAUGUCCUUGAGGUGACGGACUUUCGCCUGACUUCGGCCACAGUUUUGUCGCGGGACCAGGCUGCUGUGCAGCUUUUCGAGGGAAGCCGUGAGAUGGUUGAGUUGGUGGAGCAGGAAGCGGACAUCUUGGUGGAUCGCUGGCUGGCUUGGUUCCGCACUGAAACAACGGAGCCUCCUGCCGUCACAAGGUUGGACUUCCUAGUCUCGUGGCAGCCAGGUGCGAGGCCGACAGUGUGGACCUGCGAAGUGUGCGAGUGCGGAGCUUCCCUGUGCUCUGUGGAGUGUGAUGCACGAAACUGUGCUGUGCUGAACUGGGCAGACACCUUCCGGCUCCUGGGUCUCCUGCAGGCUAAAGACUUUGGGACGCUGCUGCCCGCAAGUUCCUCUUGCCGAAAGCGCUUUCAGGAGCCAGUGCAUGCUUUGCGGAGGGCUGAGGCCGAUCCGAAAUGUGGGGCACUGGAGGAGAUGGAGAUGCGAGAGGCGCUCAGGGACUUGCAAAACCUUGUGGCAGAAGCACAGGAGGCCUUCCGGGAAGAGCCAUGCGAGCCAGGGUGGGACUCCGCAUGGCAGGAGCUGGCAUCACUGGAGGCCACGCUGCAAACAGAGAUGCGAUAUGUCUACGCUCCUGAUUGGGAGAUCAAGCCGGGAAAGCUGGUCUCAAGAAAAGGAACUUGGCUCAAACGGACGGCGCAGUUCUCUUGGGAACUGAGAGAGGGCGGUGAGCGAGCAGAGAAGCUCUACUUGCCAGCUGGGGUAGCGGUCCCCGUCCUUCAAAUCGGAAAGGUGGUCGACCAAGAGGAGCUCAAGCUGCACGACUGGGUCUGUCAGCACCUGCGAGUCUGGAUGAAGCCGGAAAUCCUCCAGACGAUCGAGGCUAGGUACGGCACCUGGUUCGUCUACUGGCCUCACUUCGAGGAUGCCAACGUUGCAUCCAAGACGGAAGACACAGACGAGUGUCCCACCUCGCGGCAGUGUGUCUCCCCGAAUGUUUUGAAGGCGUGUCCGAUGCCCGCCAAGACACAUCAGAACGAUAAUGAUUCAGAGCCGGAGCUCCUGAAUGCUUCCGGAGAAGGAGAGAUUGUAUUGAAUUCCUCGCCCACCGGCUGGAAGCGCUUUGUCAGGCCAUUGGCGAAUUGCAUUGCUUGUGGCGACGUUGAGACCGAGAUGAGUGGACUGAAAAAGAACAUCCGCUCGAAGAGCAAAAGCCUCGAAGCUUGCAGGCACAAGCUUCGGGAGAGGGAUUCUCACGCGAUGCUGGUAGAGGAACAGCUGGAAAAGACGAUGCAGGAGCUAGGCUCUGUGAAGAAAGAGCUAGAGAUGGAGCGGCGGAGGACAUCCAGUAUGUCAUCCAUGCUCCUGUCUGAUUCGGUCAGCCAGCAGAAGUUGCAGGAGCAGGUGAAGCUUGCUGAGGGGCAGUUGAAGGAUGCGCAGCAGGAGAUCGGCAGAUUGUCUUCCAGCUUAGAAGAGGAAAAGUCCGAGCGCCAGACCUUGGCAGAGGCAAUCCAAGUGAAGUCUUCAGAAGCAGAGGUUUGCUCGGAGCAAUUGGAAAUCACGAGAGGGGAGCUCAAGCGCUGCUCAGAUGAGCUACAGGAUCUUCGACGUAGUCUGGAAGAUUCCAAAGAAAAUUCCACUCGGCUUCACGGUGAGCUUCAGGAGCACAGCCAGCAGAAUGCCAAUCUCAAAGAGAGACUGCAGCAAAGAGAGUUUGAGUUGGAAAAGUGCGAAUCUCAAGUGCACGAGGUAUCGUCUGAGCUCAGCCAGACUAGCCGCAAGCUGACUCAGACGGAAAGUGAGCGUGAGGUGAUUGAGAGAAGACUUGCAGAGACGAAGGCUCAGCUUGACGAGUACGAGGAGAGAUUGACAUCCCUCUCGGCAUCCCUGGAGGCUGCACAACGAGAAACAGCUUCGCGGUCGAAGCGAAUGGAAGUGACUUCCAUGGCUGCCGAGGAUUUCAAAGGCCACCUGCACAUCUCCAAGGCGCGAGUGCGACAUCUGGAGGAGCAGGCACGCGCAACGGCCGCACUGCUGGAGACCAAGCACCAGGAGCAGCUGCGCCUGGUCGAGCAAGCGGCGGCAGCAGACGAGCAGGUAGAGGUCUGUCAGGGGAAGCUCGCCUCACUGACAUCUUGCCUGGACAAGGAGCAGUCGCAAAGCGCGGCCUUGCGUCAAGAGUUGCAGAGUCGAGACCAGCAGAUCGAAGAUUUGGUUACAAGGGCAAGCUCUCGGACCGCGGAGGUGGAGUGCCUGAGCGAAGCGAAGGGUUCGCUGACCAAAGCUCUGAAGGCUCAGGAAGAUCAGGUGGAGUCCUUGACCGAAGAAAGGGGUUCGCUGGCUAGAUCUUUGAAGGCUCAGGAAGAGGAGAACGAAGAGCUGAAGUCUCAGAUUAGCGCAAUGAACCAGCAGGUCUCGGACUACGAGCGUCGGGUCACGGAGCUCUGCGAGACACUGUCGGAGACGCAGCUCGAGAACGCUCAGAUGGCCUUGGGCCUGGAGAGACGGGCCAUGGAGGCCGAGGAGUUCCUGGGAAGGAUUCGGGAGGAGAGGAGGCAGGUCGCCGACUUUGAACAAUCUCUCCGCUCCAUCCGCGAGUCCUUGCACAGAAGUCUCACGGACAAGGAUGAUUUGACCGUGGAGCUGGAGAGAACGUGUCUGGAGCGCGAGGACCUGACGCAGCAACUGCUGCGGGCACAACAGAAGCUCGUGCAGCUCGAGGAGGAGAUUGGCAACUCCUUCUUGAAAGCAGCCGAAGACUCCAAGCAAGUCCGCGAGAGCUCAGCACAGGAAAUAUGCCAGUGGCAGAUCACCGCCGAGAUGGCAUAUCGGCAAACAACGGAAAUAGCUCUCCAGCUGGAUAACUGGCGAUCUCAGUACGGUAGCCUUUUGAAGGCGCUGCAGGAAAAGCAGGUGGAUGCUUGGACAGCAAUGCUUCAGGCCAUCGAGAAAUUGAACGGUGAGCUGGAUGAUGCCAAGAAGCGUUUGGCAGAGGUGGCCAUCGUUGACGACACGGAAAUGGCGACUUUGAAGGAGCAGCUCACACAAGCCAACGCAAGGCUCAAUGCCUUGUCUGCCGCAGUCGACCUCAAAGACACAGAAAUGCAAUCAGUGUCGCGCGAGCUCAUGAGAAAGGGCAUGCAGGCCGAAGACUAUCUGGGUAACGGCUCGUCCGUGCGCGCUGCUCCGAAGGACCGCCUCGUGCAGUCGGAGACGCCCGGGAUUGACCUGAGCCGAUACUCCUCGGAGCUCACAGUCGCGCGCAUGGAGAAGGACCGUGGACCCCCGCGCUUCCUGUGGCCAGAGAGGACGGGGCCUCAGACGCGUGUCUUCGCCAACGUUGCACAUGUGCCGCAUGACGGCGACAAAUGCCGAAACGCUGAGUCGAAAGCGGUGGCAGCCAGCGUGAACGGGGACUCGAAGAUCGAAGAUCUGAGUUGCGAGCUCACCGCUCUUCGUAUCCAGCGGCAGGACAGCGAAAGGGAGGCAACGCAGUCACUCGAGGUGAUGCGCUCAACCUUACAAGAGCAGCUGCAUCAAAACGAGCUGCUGUCAGCUGAGCUGACCAGGAAACGGAUGGAUUACCAGGACCGACUGUGCAAGCCAGCUUCACUAGAGUGUGCGACAAUGCACCUGCAGGCAACAUCGGCCGAAAGCAGAAGCUUGCGCGAUGAGCUAACGGCGGCCCUGGAUGCCAAGAGCGAUGCCAACUGCCAGCUGGAGGGCCUCAAAGAGCUGGCCAAGCACCUGCAGGAAGAGCUCCGCUGCUCGCAGCAGAAGCAAGCUACAAUGUGCGAAGAGCUGGACAGCAUGACCAACUCGAGCCUUGAAGUUUGCAAACAACAAGCAAACGAGAAGCAAGCACUCUCGAACGAGCUUCGAAGCUCCGCUGGCAGCGUCCAACACCUGCAAUCGCAGCUGGCGAAGUACAGACAGCACCUCAAGGAGGGCCAAUCAAAGAUUGAAUCACUGACUAGAAGCUUGAAGCGGGAGGUGCAGAAGAAGGAUGAGGCUGCAACACGAUGCGCUGAACUGCUCUGCUCACAUCCUUCUAUGUGUAUUGAAGCCUGGAUUGGCAGAGUUCGCACUUUCCGCGACACGGCUGCUGGUCAUGCACUACCGAAGGACUCUUGGCAGCUGGUGGCGGGAAGUGGGUUCGAAGAGCGUGUCAUCUUAAAGGGCGGUGAGACAUCCGGAAGAGCUCCAGCGAUAUCUGGAGAGACCCCCUGCAUCAUCAUCAAUGCCGCAAGAGGGCGCAAGGACCGGAAAGACGAUGACAAGGUUCCGGUGAGGGUCUACAAUGCAAAGAAGCCUGGAGCGGUGGCGGUGCAGAAAGCAGCGCCGCACAUGGAGGUGCAGAUAAGAACAAGUUGGUUUACGACCAGAACUUUGGAAUCGUUCGUCCCUAUCCCGACUACGCUUCCACUUCUUGUUCUUCCGAGGCUCUGUCAGAUUUUCAGUCGUGCUCUCGCGAAGCGGGGCCUCUUAGCAGAGCUUAGUCUCCUGAGCGACAGAGGCCUUUCCAUCGUUCCGGCGGUGGACACCUGGCUGAAAAGGAGCUGCCAAAUGAGUGGCGAACUGCAGCCGUUCGAGUUGAUGUAUGCUCCUCGAGGCCUGCCGAUUAAUGUCGCCCAGCGGCCAGCCAUCGUGGACGAGGAUUGGGAGAAGGGUCGCCACCAGCACAUCCACUUACACAGAAAGGUUGUGCUUGCUUCACCCCCCAUCACCAUGAAGCAGGAGCAGUACGACAUCCUCGUGGGCCAGCCCAUGGCCACGCCUCCCAGCUUCCGCCUGGUGAGCGGCAAGGCCUUGCCGGUCUCCGGCAGCGCUGCCUAUGUCGGUGACGCGCGGCUGCAGCUUGCACGAGCCUUGCAGGUGGCACCCGCACGUCUUCAGCUCCUGGGCCCGACGCCCUUGGAGGAUUCCCUUCCUCUUGCCGUUUUGCCUGUGGAUGUCCAGGUCUGGAUUUUGCCUGAUCUCGCGGAAAAUCGGCUUGCAAAGUUGGCCGGUGUUGAGAAGUUCGAUGAUCUCCAGGAGAUCGUAGACCUCCAGCUCUCCUCGAAGAGUCUUAAGACACUGCCAGAGCGUUUUGGCCUUGUCUGCAGAGACUCUCUGCAAUCCUUGCGGAUCUUGCACUCCCGCUUACACUGUUUGCCAGAGAGCUUUUGCAAGAUGACGGCCCUGAAGCAAUUGGUCAUCCUUCAAUGCAAUAUGCCAGCUCUUCCGCCCUCAUUCGUGGAGCUUCCCAGCUUGGAGGAACUCACGAUUGCUGGAAGCCGACUGGAAAGCCUUCCGCAGGAGAUCGGACAGAUGGUCACCUUGAGGCUCUUGCAUUUGACGGACAACAGCCUGAAAAAUCUUCCUGAGAGCCUCGGGAUGCUCGGCCGUCUGCGAAAGCUGGAAGCCGACAGGAACCAACUUCUGCAACUACCCGCCUCCCUCCUGGAUUGCCCCGACCUGGCUGUGCUGAGCCUUUCCAAGAACAUGCUCAAGAACUUCCUAACACCUGCACGACCUGCCAACUUGCAAGUCUUGCAUUUGGAAGGCAAUCGCAUGUCGAACCUGCAGUUGGCGACAAUGCCGUAUCUGCAGGAGGUAUACAUUGAUGCCAACCCUCUGCGACCAUCUCUGCCGAACAGCUGCGGCGAGCUUGGCUCGCUGCGACGGCUGGAGGCUACCGGCUGCCUUCUCGAGACUUUGCCUUCGAGUUUCCCAAGCCUCGGGAGCUUGGAGAGGUUGGACAUCUCCCGAAACAAGUUAAGGAUGCUGCCCGAUGACUGGGGCCAGCUGCGAUCUUUGAAGAGGUUGGCAAUAAGUGGCAACCGUCUGCAGCACUUGCCAGAAAGCUUUGGUGAGUUGAUCUCGCUGCAAACAUGCCACCUGAAUGCAAACGAGCUGACCAAGCUGCCAGAGUCGUUCGGUCGGCUACAAGCCUUGGAGGAGCUGUGCUUGGCAGAGAACUGUUUGACGGUUCUCCCCAGCUCCUUCACGCAACUCAUCGAGCUUCGAUCCGCUGUGUUAACGCGCAAUCGCCUGGCCUCCUUGCAUGAAGAUGUCUGGAAGCUGCCAAAUCUUCAAACUUUGGUGCUCGAUGGCAAUCCUUUGGAUGCUUCGGGAAAAGAAGUGAUGGGACCCUCGUUGUUAGGCCAACACUUGGUGAGGAUUGAUCUGUGCCCUCUUCGUGGGCCAGGAGGUGGCAUUCAGGGACGCUCAUGA